AUGGGCCAUUCACAUUCCAGUCUCCGAAAGUCACGUCGCUUGACGGUGCCUGUUGCUGACACCGCCGACACUCUGGCAAUCCAUUGUGGGCUGGACGGAAAGGACAGCAAGUACCAAAAGGACUACAAAGACAACGAUGGGCGAGACCAUCGAGACGAUCAGGACAACAAAGACGACAAGUCGGAAAGCACACUGACACCCCAACCCAAGAUCGACGGCCCCCGUCCCAGUCCUGUGCCUGCCCCCAUCCCGCGAAGCGAAGACUACCUCUCCCCGACAAGCCACGACGAUGAAGGCGUGCCUCUUGGCCGACUGCGAGCUCUGUGCCCAUCUGGACCCGUCCCAGAGCCGCCCGUGCACGACGUCAUUGCAUCGGUCCUGGCUAAACAAGGCAAGGCAAGAGGAAAAGCCGAGACGGCCGGGAUGGCCAGGGCGCGCAGGUCCAAGAACAUUCCCAGGCGCAGGCGACACAGAACCAACAUCAACAGCAUCGACAGCAUCGACAUUCGUGACAAGUCCCCCGACCUCGACGUGUUGGCGGCCCGCGCUCUCUACAAUGCUGCCUGCAGCCCGCUGUGCCGCCUGCCCGACGACGUGCUGGCGCGCAUCAUGUGCCAUUUGGGAUGGGACAAUAUAUACUUUUUGCGCCACACGUGCCGUUUGUUUAUGCGUGUCUUUUCGACGCACUCUUUCUUCCGGCUGAUCCGUGCCCCCGAGGCCAUCAACAACAACAGCAGCCUUUUUGUCCUGCCGACACCGUGGAGCCCGGAGAAGCUGCCCGAGAGCUGCUCUGCUUCCGAAAUGCCUGUACGUUGCCGAGACACCACAGUACACCUUCGCGACCGAGGCUACUGGCGCCAGCGGUGCCGCGACGCUCUGCGUGCGCAGCAGUGCGCAGGCUGCCGUGCCGCGCCGCAGGGGUACCAGCUGGCCGAUGUGUACAUGCACUGCACGGCGUGCCGUGUCGACCACCCGACCGACCUGUUCUCGGGCCCCCAGACGCGUAUGGACGCGGCAACGGCAGCACAGCGUGUCUGCAUUGGCCACGAGGGUCAUGUGCGGCUGUGCGACCACAAGACGGUCGACUGGGCCACUGUGGUUGGGAGUCUACCGGGUCGCCGCGUGAACAACAACUUCCGCAACCAGUUUGACACCGAUGCCAUACGGCUGCUGCAAAUGUCCAGCGCAGAGGGGGCAACGAGUACACAGGCCAUUUUCUCUGUGGAGCCGUACCUCCGCAUCGUCUGUGACCAUCCGAGCCACGGGGCGUAUUCGCACCAUGGACGACCAAACAUGCAAGCUACACCCGACACGCAGCUUCCGCCGUACAGACGCUUUGCCGCCGACCAUGGCAGAGACGACGAGGCCGCAGCCGAGCGACCGUCGUUUGUGGUGCACGACAUGAUUGUGGACGGCGUCAACCACAAGGUGGUUACAUGGUCCUACACGGCGCACAUGGACUUGGCAGACAACACUGGUGGCAAUGGCGCCAUCACUGCCCAGACGUUCCGCAACUGCCUCCACGACCUGCGCAAGACCCACAGCCCGGCACGCUACAUUGCACCGCUCGACUACCCCGGCCUUCUCCACGAGCUGCGCUGCGUCGACCCCGAGCGCUGUGGCUGUCUUUUGUACCCGGGGUUUCAAAGGAUCCAGGGCCAGGGGACCGCCAACACGCCUCGCCAGACGACGACAAUGACCUGCCGCCAGCACGAGGUCGUUCGCGUGCUCAACUCGCGCGCGUCCAACAUGGACCACAUUCGCAUUCGCCUUGUGUCGUGCGACCGUGCCCCGCGGUGCCUCAAGCUGGUGUACACCCGCACGAUCCGCCUCGAAGGGUUCUGUGUCAAUCCCGAUCCGCUCUGGCCGCCGGCCAUCGUGGGUGGCGGUCCGAUGAACCCGAGCAGCAUUUUCAACUACCUGCGCGAUGCGCUGUACGAUGCGUCUGUGCCGCUGGGAUGGUACCAGGCGCUGGAUCCAUUGUCCUACCGUGUCAAUGAUGGUGAUGUCCGUGGUACCGACGACCCGGACCGACCCCAUUGGCUGCGGUGCAGCAACGCGUCAUGUCGCUUGCACCCCCGGUUUCUUCGUCCCCGGAUCUGCCCCCCGCGGCGUAAGAUGAAUGUGCCGUGCGCUUGGGGGUGCCGACGCACGCGAGUCCGCGGCUACCACUGUACGGGGUGCGGGGGAAAAGGGUCCAUCUUUUUUCCAGUUGAAUAUGAUAGCCAGUGGGGGUUUGAGUUGUGA